AAUCGAGCUGCCGCCGAGGUCGGUCUGUUGGCAGCUAACCUCCCUCUCCUGACGACGACCACAACGGCUCCGCCAUCAUGAUGGGGACGUUCCUAAGGGCAUUCGUUCUAUCUGCUCUCUUCGUGCAAGGCGCCCUUGGCCAGAAUUGUGGUGGCGUCGUGGACACAACCCUUCACCCCUCUGGGCGUUUGGCAUCCCCUGGGUAUCCGGAUCAUUAUCCGGAAGAUGCGUCUUGCACCUGGCGUAUCAAGGCUCCCCACGGGGAGAAGGUGGCCAUAAAAUUUUGGGACUUCGACGUCACGGGAUCAGACGGGUGUUCGGGCGAUUACGUCAGCAUCCUGGCGAGCGAGAGGGCCGAAGAGCAGAGGUUCUGCGGAUCCCUCAAACCCAGAAUCAUUACUUCGGAGGGCGAUACCCUCGUGUUGACCUUCGCCUCGAAUGCCCAGGGAUCUUGCAGGGGGUUCAACGCUACGUACCACAUUGAAGAGGAAUCCUUAUCCUGUGGGACGAAGACCAACGCCCUGGAGUUCACCUUCAUCUCCCCGUCUUACCCGGAGCCCGUAGGAAACGACUCCCUGGAGUGUUCUGUCACCAUCGACCACGGAUGCGACUCCCCCAUUUGUCAGCUCAGACUGGACUUCGACGACUUCCAGCUCCAGCCUCCGUACUGGGGGUCCUGCAAGUACGAUCGUUUCUAUGCAGAGAGCGUCACUCCUUUGCCAACCCUCUGCGGCGUCAAUAAUGGAUCGCACAUGUACGUCAACGUUCAAGGCCGAAGUAAGACUGACCUGACAUUCCUCUUGAGUGACAUAGAAUACUACCUGUACCACUGCUACGACAUCUACGGAACCAACGUCCUGCCCGACACGGGGUCAGCCAACUUGAAUCCUCACGCGCGGAGCGCGGAGGGCGCGGAGGGCGUUGAAUAUUGCAACCGGGACGACCCCACCCAAUGGCGGCGGAGUGGUGGUGGUGGUGGUGGUACUACUGCUGUUGGUACGACUUCCUUCGUUAAUGAAGUGGACACCACAACACACGGUGAUGUCACAGUUGCUCUCUACAACUACAAGGAUGCUGAGAUCGUCACGUUUGAUACACGUCGAGCGUGGAAGGUACGAGUCACCCAGAUACCUUGUGACUGCCCCAAUACCCGAGUGCCCAAAGCUCCUGAGGGCUGCCUCCAGUACUUCCAAGGGCUCACCGGCGAAUUCAAGGACUUUUCAACUGGAUGGAAUGGAAUAGGAUGUUAUUCAGAGGACAGGUGGUGUGACUUCAGCACCAUCAAGCAUCCCUCCGAUUGCGACAUCAGAGUCGGUUACACAGGUCACCUCAACGAUUUGGAUUACAGUAUCUGCAUUGAACCUGAAUCUGGCUUCUGUGGUAUUCAGUAUCAACAAGUUGGAACUGAUGGAUUCUCACUGACCAACAUUACUGGCUAUAAGGAUGAUACCCUUCUACCUUGGGCAGAAUACAACGACAUGGGUUGCAUGUCUGACUACCUGUGGAUCCCUGGCGCUGAGAACGAGUGGGGCCACGAAACUUACGAGAGGUUCUGCGGCACCAAAUUAGGAAAUGCUAGGAAAUGGGGUACUGUAACAAGUUAUUCGAAACCAUUCACCACCCGCAUGGUCACAGACUCUGAUGAACACAGCCUCUCGCAUGACUACAUGAACAAAGGGUUCCAUAUCACUUAUUCACAGAUUCCUUGCAAACUCUCUGGAUAAACUUAAUUUUCAAAAAUUACACCCAUAAUUAUGAAUUUUAAGGCCCUUAAAUUUAAUGCAUUGAAAGUUUAUGACUUGGUAAAGUUUUGCUGUAUAUGUAAGUCAAAAUGAAUAACAGACAUACCUGUACCGUACAAGAGAAACGUUACUUAGCCAUUGAUUAUCCAUAGUGAACCAUGGAAUUUUUUCUCUUCAGAGUUUUUGCUCAAUUUAAGCACAGUUGUAACUUUGUGCAAUACUAGUAAACACACCCAUACUUAGCUGUAUCCCAGUCCAGUUGCCUGGUGGUUUUGGUUGUCUUGCUUGUUUCCACUGACUCCUUUUUUUGUAUACCGUUGUCAUGUAAGCACUGUAUAUAGCAUAAAACGUAAUAUUAAGUUAGCUCCAUUUUGUACAGUUGUAAUCUAAGAUAGAACUUACCAAAUUAUAGUGUCAGAGAGUCGUCGUGAAUGAAGAAUCAAUAAAAAUGUGACUCUCGACAAUCUUUUCCUUAUUCCUAACUUUAUGGGCUACU